AUGACUGUAUCCUCAACAUCCGCAGCUGAAUGCCCUCCAAACACAUUCACGUGUGCUGAUGGAAGUUGUAUACCAUCUGAUUGGAAAGGAGAUGGUGAAAAAGAUUGUGAAGAUGGAUCAGACGAAGUGGAAGGAGUGACUGGAACAACUGUCGAAGGCAAAUUCGAUGAAGUCGUCACUUCUGGAACAACGACUUCUGGCGUCACGUCAUCUGAUGAGGAGUGUGAUUGGGGAAUGCAACAGAGAAUUGAUAACUGCUCUGAGCCAAUUGUCAUGUUUUUACAUCAAAUCGAAAGACUCAACUUGAAAAAUAUGUCUUUCUUGACGUCUUCUGAAGUUCAAUCUCAAAUCGAAAGUGGAUGUAAUCUGAUGACAAAUUAUCAAGAAUGCGUUGGAAAUGAAAAAGGAUGUAUGCCAGACGAAGGAGUUCAUUCAUGGAGAGAAAUUGAAAUGUUCAUGUGUCAAUUGGUUCUUCCGUCGGUCAAAGAGCAUUCGGCAUGCUUCAAGGCUUCCGCUGAUUCUAGAUGUGAUGCCAGCAAAACUUCUUCUUCCUCAUCUCUCUGCGGACUUGUCACUUCUAUCCAAACUGCCACGUCGUGCCUGGAGACCAUCCGACCAGAAGCUUGUUCAUCUGAUGCCAUCGAAAUGUUGGCUCCAAUCAGAGAAGAAACCGAGCACAUCGUUUCAGCGAUUCGUUGUGUGCUACCUGAACAAUCAUCAAGCACCACUCUAAUCGUCGAUGAAACAACUGAAUCAACCUCAGCAUCCGCCGAAGACGACGGAGAUAUUCUUACCACAGCCACGGAUUCUGAAUCCACGACUACAACCACAAACCAAGAAAUGGAGAAUCGACCAGCUUUGACUAUCAAUAUGGCUGAUGCUGUCAAUUCGUUGUACUACAUUUAUGAUAUCUGCUCAGCCAACUACUCUUCUGAUCCAUUCGCCGCUGUUGCUGAAAGAAUUUGUGCGAAGCAAGACGAGAUUGCAAAAUGGAGUGAUUGUUAUCAGAAGACAUUGGAGAAGGAGAAAUGUGCAAUCAGAAAUGCUACCUCUAAAUGCGAAGCUUUGAUUUCCUACAACAACAAUUUGGAUUGCGCAAUUGUUACAAUGAACGAUGAAUGUGAAGUUGAUGCACAGAAUCUUGUCGUGGAACUUCAAGAAGAAGUCAAUGAUCUGAUUAUCGCUGGAAAAUGCUUUGACGAGAAGAAAGAAGAGGAAGAGAAGGCUCCAAGCCCACCAAAAGAAGGAGAAUUCCAUCUUCAGACUACACUACCAAAAUGUACAGAAGAGCAAGAAAAUGGAGCACUUGGAUGUCUCGUGGAACUCGUUGAGAUUAACAAAAAGCUUACCGCAUUCUCCAAUCUCAACUUCCUUCUGGAAAUUGCCAGUCCAAACUCAUCAGUCGUCGAAGGAAUCUGCUCUUUGUUUGCCAGAUAUGAGCAAUGUCUCUCUGUUACUGUAUUCAAGGAUUCUCAAAGAUGCUCGUUCGCUUCUCCACUGAACUCUCUCGCCAGAAUCGGACUUGCCCCAAUUUGCUCCUUGGAUUCGCGUCCAAUGUUGGCUAAACACAGAUCGUGCUUUGAGAAGCUCGCCACUGAAGCUGAUGAAGAAACCAACUGUCAGUCUGCACUCUCUUCUCUCUCGAAUACGGUUCAAAUGAUGCUCAAUGGAGUUCAUGGAGAGGCUCUUCUAUGCAAAUCGUUCUACACUAUCAGAGAUACAUUCUCGUGUGGAGAGAAGGCUGUGAAGAAUAAGUGUGAAGAGGAUGCGUUGACAGAUUUGAUGAACUUGAAGACCAAAAUGACAUCACUAGGAUUGGAAGAAGGAUGUCCACGUGAUCCACCAGCCAACCUUGACGAGAUCAUCGCUCGUCCAGUUGCUCGUCCAACCCCAGUCACCAUGCCCCCACGUGCUCCAACUGCUCGUCCAAUGCCACUUCCAGCCGUCCCACCACCAACACAACCAUCUUCCCCAUCAAAAUGUGCCGUUGAGGAGCAAAAGAAAUUCGAGGAGUGUGUCAAACCAUUGACCUCCUUCCAACCACACCCACUCUCGGUGAUUGCUAUGCCAAGAGAUAUCGAUCAGGCCUGCGAAGCAUUCCACACUUUCAAGGCUUGCUCGGCAGAGAGCAACUGUCAUCCAUUGUGGGCUCGUGGAAUGAGUGCAAUGUUUGAAUACGCUUGUAACGAGGCUAAUGAACAAUUCAAGAAGGUUCGAAAAUGUAUCCGUGAGACAUCAAUGAUUGAAGAAGUCCGUUCCUGUGUCUCCGAUUUCUCUCGUGGAGCACCAACUGCCGCAUGUAUGUCAUCCAACCGUCUCCACUCUUGUGCCAUCCCACAAAUUCAAGCUAAAUGUGGACAAGAAGCUGCUGAUUGGGUAUCCAACUACAUUAUCCGAUUCGCCAAUGCUAUUGAUGUCCGAUGCAAAGUUGGAAGACAACUUCCAGUUGGAAGAGUUGUUGGAAUCGGAUGCUCUGCCGAGGAAGAAGUUAUCAUUGAGCAUUGUGCUGCUCCACUUAAUGAUAUUGGGUCUCGAGUGGAAGAGUUGUUCGCCGGUGGAAUGCAAUCUCUCAUCAAGAACAUCAACUCCCUUGCCCCAGUUUUCGCAGGAGCUUGUAAUCUUACUGACGAAUUCAAAACCUGUGCUCAUUUCUUGUUGGAGGGAAGAACAUCAUGUGUAGUUUCAUCUUGCAUGAUUGAAGCUGGUCGUAAUAUUUGCCAACUUUCGGAUCCAGCCAAGGCUAUCGAUGAUAACUUAUCCUGUCUCUUCGGACAAGCUCAAGAACCCAAAUUCGCUCAAUGCAUCCGUUCAACAAUUUCCACUUUGAAACAAUUUAAUCUUUCAACAUUGAGAAGUGUACUUCCAAAGUUUAUUGAUUGUACAAAGGACAUUGUUAUCGAUAAGUGUGGAGAGUCUCCAAUUACAAUCAUGAAAGCCAUGAGUACCCCUGAUAUCUGCCCAAUCCGUCCAAAUCAUGCUCCAAUUGUUGUGAAUGCACCAACUAGAGUUACACCAAAUCUCGGAACUGUUUUGAGUUCGUCAACGGCUUCUACCAUGGCGUCUGAAGAGACUGAAACUACUGAAGUCACUGAAGCGGCAACUGAGGCUCCAACAACCCCAGAAACCGGAUGCGGAGAAUCUGCUCUUGUCGAUUAUUAUCAAUGCGAAACCCAUCUCGAUCAAUUCGCCUUCCGUCCAAUUUCGAUCAUUGGAGAUGCUUCAAAAUGGGAUCAAUUCUGCCAAAUGGCCAAUCAGACGUAUAUCCCAUGUGUCGAAGGACUCAAAUGCAAAUCCGAACCAGCUGCCACUGCUCAAAUCGGACUUAUCGAUUCGAUUUGUAAUCGAGAAAUCACUUUGAGAGAUCAGAAACAACAUGCUAUGUGUUUGUCAGAGUACACUAAAUCAGAUGCUGGACUCGCUUGCAUUUCUGAUUUUGGAAAGAUUGAUCAAUUGGAUAAAUCAUCGCCAGCGCAAAUGUGUGAUGGUAUUAACCACGUCAUGAGAUGCUCAACCACUGAAAUCGAGAAGCGAUGUGGGUUCGACGCCGUUCUCCACGUCUUCAGUGUCCACAUGCACUGGGCAAAUCUUUUCAACGCAUCCUGCAUCCUAGAGUCUCCAGAACCAUCCAAGGAGAUUACGAGCAUCGACGUGAAUGAGGUGGAGCCAUCUCGCGAUCAGAAACCAGUGGUUGUGACGAAAGACGAAACUACACCAAUGGCAGUAACCACUGCAAUGAAUAAUGAUGUCACGGAACCAGAAGAGACAACAACGACGACGACAGCUCCAGUACAGUCAACUGUAUCUUUUGCAGUUGUAUUAGCUACAGUUCUUCCAUUCUUCGCUCUUCUCUAA